GGAACUCAAAGCCACUUAUGGAUCCUGUCUCAUUUGCUCCCACAGGAGUCCUGAAGUUAGAGGGGCUCAUCCUAUCUGGGAAUAAAGAGAGCGGAAGAAACUUCCACGCCUUUUCCGAUAUUCGAAAAGACUCCUCCAAGGCCCCAUCUCUCCCAGGUCCCAGGUUCGGAGUCGUGCUGCCUCCGGCAGAAGGAAGACUCCGUUUUUUCCCGACUUUCUCGGUGGCCACCAAGAGUCCCGCCGGCUGUCGCGGCCGCAGCCCACCGCCCUCCAGCUCCGCGGGCCCAGGGCGGAGCACCUGCCGCGGCGCCGCCCGCGAGCACCUGCCCCCCCCGCCCCCCAGGUGA